AUGUAUGCAUGGGUUGAUUUAACAUGCUGGCUUUGGGGUGCAUUCAUGAUAGUUUAUGGGAUUUGCCUAUCAGCAGGAGAAAGUGAUAUCUUUGGAUUUGACGAAGUGGCGUUCUGGAUCUGUGCAGGAGCCGGGUUUUUCCUCUUUUAUCCUGUAAUUUUAGAGUUUAUUUUAUGGCUUUCUUCACAAUUUUUCACUCCAAGUCCUCCUUCAUUGAACUUCUCUAACCUUGUACCUAUCGCUUAUCACCCUAGUUACAAUAUCACUGCAGGAGGAAUUGAAAAAAUGCAUCCCUUUGACUCAAGAAAAUACGGAAAAGUCUUCCAUGUUUUAAAAGAAAGAGGGAUAAUCAAAGAAAACUAUUUAAUCCCUGUCAAAUGUCCACGAAGCAUAUUAAGAGCAGUCCAUCCCUUUUCAUAUUUGCUUAUGCUAUGCUACUCAUUAUCAAUUACUACUAAAGUAGAAGUGCCUGUCUGUUUUUUGCCAGAACCAAUAUUAAGAUUCCGAGUCUUAAACCCUAUGCUUUAUGGAACCUAUGGAAGCUUAUUAGCAGGAUGUGCAGCAAUUGAGAAAGGCUACGCAAUUAAUUUGUCUGGAGGAUAUCAUCAUUGUAGCAGUAGAUCAGGAGGAGGGUUUUGUAUAUAUGCUGAUAUUACAAUUUUGAUAUAUUGGAUGAGAUAUUGGUACCCUGAUAAAGUUCAUAGAGUUAUACCUCAUAUUUAAGGCUUAGUGCUCUUUAUUAUUAGAAAAAAGAUAGCUAAUAUGAUAAUAUAUUAAAGUAUUUUAUCUGUUUUAUUAGGAAUAUGAUUGUCGAUUUAGAUGCUCAUCAAGGCAAUGGGCAUGAAAGAGAUUUUAUUGACGAUGAAGAAACGUUUAUAAUUGACUUUUUCAAUCCAAAUAUAUAUCCUGGAGACCACUAUGCAAGAAAAGCUAUUAAAUUUGCUGAACACAUCACAGAAUCGGAUGGGGAUGAGAGCUAUUGUUCAAAAUUGGAAAAUGCUAUGACCAACUGCAUUGAAAGCUUCAAACCUUCGUUUAUUGUUUAUAAUGCUGGGACUGACUGCAUGGAAGGAGACCCACUGGGAAGACUGCAAAUUACUCCUCAAGGAAUUAUUCAAAGAGAUGAAAUUGUGUUUAAACAUGCACUAAAAAACAAAGUCCCAGUAGUUAUGCUACUUUCUGGUGGUUAUCAGCAAGUAAACGCUCCAGUGAUUGCAGAUUCUAUAUCCAAUUUAUUUAGCAAAUUUAAUUUAUAA